CUGGAGAAUUGUUUAUCUCUCCUUUUAUUCUGAAUGACAGUCUUUCUGGAUCAAGUAUUCUUGGCUGCAUGUUUUUCCCAUUCAGCACAUUGAAUAUAUCGUGCCACUUUCGUCUGGCCUGUCAAGUUUCUGUGGACAGAUCUGCUGCAAAUCUGAUCUGUCUUUCCUUGCAGGUUAAGGCCUUUUUUUCUCUUGCUGCUUUCGGAUUCUUCCCUUGUUUUUCUCUUGUCUGUGUAUUUUGUGAAUUUGACAGACCUACCUUAUAGAGUGGUAAGGGUUAAGGAGGAAAGCAGGUACAGCAGGGCACCUUAAUGCCUGACACAUGUAAGAGCUCAAUCAGUAGUAGUGGUCAUUAGUGUUAGCUGCCAGAGCAAAUCUGUGGAAGGACGGGUGAUGAGCAAAUACAAACCAUGCUGCCUCCAGAGUCUGAAAUCCACCCUAUUUUCCGUCCUGCUGUGACAUAUCCCAUUGGGCUCCCAGCCCCAGAUCAAUCUGGGGGCAGGAGAGGCUUUGUGGGAGGUCCCUUGGGAGGCACAAGACCUGGUGGCCUGGGAUUCUGCAAAAUGAUGAACAUACCCUCCCGGGUAUGUCCCACCCAUCUGAGUGGGUCAAUGCUCCAGGAUGCAGAUAGCAAAUAUGGCCCCAGGGCCCCCAGCCCCUGGGAAGAGCCAGGCUGAGCCCCAUAAAGGGACCAGUCUUUGCCUGGGUGCACACAUCUCACUCAUCCUUCUCCUCAGUGACACCUCCUCAGCUCUGGUAAGUCUGCACUUGCUUCUUUGCCUUUUCUUUUAAAAGAUUUUAUUUAUUUAUUCGACAGAGAUAGAGACAGCCAGCGAGAGAGGGAACACAAGCAGGGGGAGUGGGAGAGGAAGAAGCAGGCUCCCAGCGGAGGAGCCUGAUGUGGGGCUCGAUCCCACAAUGCCGGGAUCACGCCCUGAGCCGAAGGCAGACGCUUAAUGACUGAGCCACCCAGGUGCCCCAUUCUUUGCCUUUUCUAGAAGGAGUGCUCAGGGCCUGUGGGAACAGGGAAAGCAGCUUGGGAGAGGACUCAGGAGCCUGGGUCCAGUAGUAGCACGGCCACCAGAGGGCCUGUGUGGCCUUCCCCUGGCUUGAGGUCUUUGUCUGCACAAGGCAGCUGGGCCAAACACUCUCCUGGCUCCUUUUGGCUUCUCUGUGACAACUCUUGUGGAGACAUCCCCAGUGGGAACUGAGGACAUGACUCUCCCUCUCUUCCUUGUCUUCCUUCCUCUCUUGAUGUCCUGGGUUGGUGGAGACCCACUCUGCACCCCAAUUUUGGGGAAGAGUGGGUGCCCCUGCCAAAGCCAUGAAGGUUCUCCUAACCUCAGGGCCGAGACCCCCACUCCUGAUUGCCUUGGUGAGAUGUCCUGCUCCUGCAUGGACAAAGCCCUCCCACUUCCACUCCAGCCUGGGGACUGUCUGGGUAUAGGGCUCAGCUCCUGUCUUGGACCAUUCCUUAGUGACGUAACAGCUUUCUCCCGCAUCUUUCUCCCACAUCAGGAGUUGAUGGUGGUUUGUAUUAGAUGCUCACCUGUAUGAGCUAAGGUUAUUUCCUUGGUGCUUUGGUAAUUCUGGAAUGUGAAGGCCACACAGUCCAAUUUCUCUGGCUUGGGGUCCCAUCCAGCCCAGAACUCUGACUGUUGGCAGGAGAACCUGCUUCAGGAAGUCAGACCUUCUCUUUAUUUAAACAUGGUCUAAUCUUGGAGGUCCAGACAGCAGCAAGGUCAAAGGGCAGGUCAUCCUCAACAACAGAUGAUCUCCAGGACCCCACCUCCUCCCAUUCCACCUAAGAACCACCAGGGCAGGUCUUUCUGUGCAUUUUAAAUCUGAGGCUGACUCUGUUCCACAGUCCCUCUUUCUUGCUCCCAGGGAUGGUCCAGGAAAACCUCCACUGGGGGUCAGGACAGUGCUGUGUUCCUCUGCUCACACUCAUGCCCUGGAGCCCCCACAGCCCAUUUCGUGCAGGUCAUGGUGGGCCUCCAGGGGGUCUUAUUCCCAAAGCAGCCCAGGAGGGUCCAAGACAGGUCAACAGUGACACUGUUCUCCUCCAUGACUCUCACCCUGAUGUUUGGUGCUGUUUGAAGUGUGAGGUCACCCAAAUGCUGUGUUUGGCUCAGGGCACCACCCUUUCAGGUGGCUGACCCCUACCUCCCUGCUUCCCCCAUCUGUGGCCCUACCCACAACUGGACUUCUGUGUUCUCCUUCAUCUCCUCUUGGACCCUGACCUGUGUGGCCCAGCCCCAAACAUGGUCUCACCUCCUUUUGAGCCACGUGUCCCACCACAUAGAGAAGUAGUUUCUUCUGCUCCACCUGGGCCGCCUUCACUUUCUCCCCAGUUCCCAUCCCAUCCUCCUAAACAGAGGGACCCUCCUCACCUGGGGAAGGAAAAAAGGUCAGAUUCUUUCUUUCCGGCAGCUUUUCGAAAGCCAAGAUGAGCAGCACACGAGCUGAGAAGUUCGUGGUGGGCAUCAUUGAGCUGUUUCACAAUGACACCAGGCACCAUGACACCAUGGACAAGCCAGCCUUGCUGAAGAUGCUCCAGGAGAAUUUCCCCAAGUUCCUCAGUGCCUGUGACAAAAAGGGCACAGCUUACUGGGCCAAUAUCUUUGAGAAAAAGGGCAAGAAUGGGGAUAAGAAGAUUGAGUUUUCCCAGUUUUCAUCCUUGCUGGGAAUAACCGUGGACUUCCACAAACAGAGCCACGGAGCAGCCUGCUGGUCUGUGGGAGGCCAGUGACCAGUCCUGCCCGAGGCCUCCAGAGACCCCAAGAAACAAUAAAGUGCCCGUCUCCACCAGAAACUUGCAUUCCUUCCUCCUUUUCUCUGACAGUGAGUAUCUUAGAGUAGACAACUGUCGGUUAUGGUAGAUUUCCCACCAGAGUUUCUCUCCAGCGGAUGCCUAGUCCCAGAGCGCUCCCUCCAGUGCCCUGAGACCUGCUUGGGUCACCCUUUUCUGUUGGAUCUCAAGAUUCACGUGUGCUUCCCUGCUCUGGGACCAGGUGUUCUGCUCAGCUUGUCGAGAGUGCAGACUACAAUUCCUGCUUGUUCUCUAGACUACUUUCAUGAGAGGGAUGGACAGCAGGGGCCUGAGCACUAGACCUCUCUGCUGUGGCCAGAGCCCUGCCAUGUGCCCUUGCUCCCGUGUCUGCAUGUUUGGAUCAAUGUGAGCAGACGCUGUCACCGUGCUCUCAGAUGUGGCCUGCUAAGUGCUGCACAUGCAGCUGGGUGCUGGGGAUGCACGGGAGGGCUAAUGGGGGUCCUCGUAACACACAUGAAAGUAGUAACAAGUCUACUUGGUUCAGGUCUAUAUGUCUGGGGUUGUCACUGAUGCGUUGGGCAACAGUCACGCGCCAGAGGAAGGGGCAGGCAGCAGACAGUUGGUGAUGCUUGUUCCUGAGUCAGGCGCUGUGGAGAAAAAGAGGUAGAAAUGAGUACAGUGCAGUGGCUGCUCCUUCCCAGAAAAACGCCCAUUUUCUUGUGGCCUCUCCAUUGGGACUUGCUAAUUCUUCCCAGUUUUAAGUUCUUCAAAGCCUUCAAGCCAGGGGACAGAGCCAGCUGUUCGUUCUCAGACCAUUUCCCCAUUAUUUUUCACACCUCAUCGCGUCCUUGAGGCUCACGUCCUGCUGCCAUCAGAUGUCUUCCUUUCCUACUAGACUCUCACCCCUUCCUGACUCACAGAGGGAGCAGACACUUGACUCACAUAGCCCUUCCUAUCUUACCAGGAGCACAUACACGGAGCGGGUUCACUGUCUGGGGCCAGAUUUCCCAGAAGUAGAGACUAAGGUGGGGAUCUGUGUGAGUGAUUUAUUGAGGGAAGUGAGGGGGCGGCGUGGGACGGGAAGAAGCUACAGAAAGAUGUGAGCUCAGCUUCAGCUUGAUCCCAUGGGGAACUCUGGGCACGAAUGGAGCCCUAGAGUUGUCCCCCCUUGAGGCAAAGAGGCCCACCUUUUGUACCCCUGUGUCAGUUACCCACUGACUACAGGCCACUUCAGGGGAGGCACAGACUUCUAGGCACUCCUGGGCCUGGAGGCCCCGUUGGAGCAAGAGCAAGUCUUAGGGGAAGGAGCAGUGUGUCCUGUUAGCGGCCACGCUGACGGGAGCUGGGCGAGGGGCACACUGGCCGGGUAACAGCACCUGGACCCAGGCGUUCCUCUGCCCACCUCGCUGAGUGGGUGGGGGACCAGAACAUUUGCUUCAGUCCGCCCCUCGUAUGCACUCAGAUCCAUCUGCUUCUCACAUCAAGUUCACCCCAUCUAGGAACAGCUUGUCCGGUUCCAGUCAGCUAUGAUUUCUGGGCGAUUUAUGAGAGGAGGGUUUGUGGCCUACUACAGCCCUCACUGCUUCUUGUUCCUAGGGCCACACGUGACACCCAUCACCUUCCUCUGUCCUUUCCAGAUUUCUUUCCGAGGGACCAGCGCUUCUGCUAGUCUAGGUGGCUUGCCUGGUGGGGUGACCCAGACUGUCAUUUCUAAGAGAUGAGGUCUCCUGGCUCCCAUGCCCUUAUCAGGCUUUGGUUGCUGUUAUUUACCUAUUUACAGUUAAAACUGGACGUAGGAAUAACAACAGAUAUCCCAGUGGAUCACCUGAGGGCCAGAAAGAUUCCACCUGCCCCGGUUAUUUAGUGGCUGUCCCACACGGGGAUCAGGAUCAACUACCCUUCCAAUAAAGUUAUGCCUAUUUUGCCUGCUGGAGUACUGGCACAGGGAGUCCUAAGUGCUCAGGCGGGAAUAAAUGGUCACAGGUCCCUUUGGGAAGAGACUGUGGGAGUCAUUACAAUAUCUACUUGCUGUGGUGUUACAGGGCUUUUCUUGAUGGGGCCAAGUCUCUAUUUCAAUUGAUGGUUUCUGGGUCUGAGAACUGGCCCAGUGGAAACUGGGCAAGACAUAGUACCUUUCCAUUGAGUGGCUGAUUUCAGCCUUCUGCUUACCUAUUCUUGAUUUCUUUUGAUUGUAUAUAUUCAGCAAUAUCCUUCUGGCUGGUUCAGAGUUAGAAGGAGCACAAUUCACAAGACUUCCCUCACUUCUGAUGCCAACUGCAAGUUUAUGGGUCUCUGACACCAUCCUGAACUUUGAUAAUUCACUGGAGGGACUCAUGGAACUCACUGGAAGCUGUUACACUCAUGAUUACAGUUUAUCACAGGGAAAGGAAAUGUAUUACAAUCAUCCACAUAGGAAGUCCUAUAGGGCAGAGUUCAGGAAAGUUCUAAGCAUGAGGCUUCCCCUGGAGUCAUGGAGACUGUUACUCUCCAGGCAAUGAUGUGUGGCGAUACUCUUGGACAAUAUACUUUGCCAACAAGGGAAGCUCAACCAAGUCUUGAGUGUCCAGAAUUUUUAUUGAAACUCUAUGGUCGACUGACCAUGUGGUUAGUGGAGAGUAAAAGUUUCAAGCUUCUAAUCAGCACUUGGUCUUACUGGUGACCAACCCCCACCUGGGAACCAUUCAAGUGCCCACCCAGAUUUGCCUCAUUAGAAUAAAAGGUACUCCUGUCACCAUAACAUUAACCCUUCCCCCCCAAAGAUAACCUGGCUUGAGAAAACCCUUUUUUUUCUUUUCCUAAUAAUUUCCUUGCCCCACCCCCUUCCUUUAAAAACCUUCCAUUUUGUUCAACUGCUGCUUGAUUCAUGAAUCCCUUAAUAAAGCCAAUUAGAUCUUCAAAUUUACUCAACUGAACUUUUAUUCUUUAACAACAUAAUCUUUAAUGACACAUAAACUUUAAUCUUUACGACACCAGAGGACGCCCAUACUACUAUUGUCACUCCCUUUUACUGAUGAGGACGCUGAGGCACAGAGAAAAGUCCCAUGGUAGCCUGGGGCUAGAGUCCGC